AUGUGGAGAAGAAAAAACACCAGACCCUGGCAUGGCUUCUCCAGGCCCUCAGUGCUUGAAGCAAGGCCUGGAUGCGGACUGUGCAUGAGGAAGCCGCAAGCUCAAUGCACAGGCUCCAUGCCAGCAAUAACGGCUGUGUGCAAGGGAGGAUUUGCUGGAUCGCAGUUGCUGCCUUUUUUUGCCCCUACUGAUACAGUGUGUGGGAAGGGAUGGGGAGGGGCACCAAGUGCGUCCAAUUUUUGCAGCAGCAGCAGCAGUCUGCUGGCACCGCAGGCAGCCAAAUGGGCCAGAGGUUCGUGGAACCUGGGCAUGGCGGCACCGGGUGGUUGUGGUGUGCGAGCUGCCAUGUAUCAUUUAGAGACGAGAAUGUACUCUAGGGGGCUGCACUUUGUAAACACUGAUGAAAAUUGUGUGUAG